AAUAAGGGCUUAAACAUAUUAUCAGCAGACCUCUGCGUCGACACGAGGACUGUUAAGUAGUAGAAGAUAAUGGUGGUGUUAAGUGGCGGCAGAGGCCCGAUGGCGAUACUUGGAGGCAAAGGCGGGGUGGGCCAGAUUCUGGCUGCCGUCGCGGCGGCUCUCUUGUUCCGCCUGUUCUCAGGCCCCGGCCCGGCGCUCUCGCCAGAGGACGAAAGUGACGGUGGAGGCGAAGGAGAAUUUGAAGACGGCGAAGACAAGUCACCGGGAAAAGUUUCUCCGGUGACCAUAAAGUGGAGUAACAUCACUUGCUCCCUCUCCGAUAAAUCCUCCCAAGCAGUGAGAUUUUUGCUAAAAGGUGUGAGUGGAGAGGCGAAACCCAGAAGAUUGCUUGCUAUAAUGGGGCCAUCAGGAUCAGGAAAGACAACAUUGCUCAAUGUUUUGGCAGGACAAAUAGUGGCUUCGACCCGUUUACAUUUGUCAGGCCUUUUGGAGGUCAAUGGACGGCCCAUUGCAACCAGAAGUUAUAAACUUGCCUAUGUGAGACAAGAGGAUCUUUUCUUCUCACAGUUGACAGUUCGAGAGACAUUGUCUCUUGCUGCUGAACUCCAACUUCAGGAGAUAUCUUCUGUCGAAGAGAGGGAUGAAUAUGUGAACAACCUCUUGUUCAAACUAGGCUUGGUUAGCUGUGCCGAUUCCCGUGUUGGGGAUGCAAAAGUCCGUGGAAUCAGUGGCGGUGAAAAGAAGCGUUUAUCUCUAGCAUGCGAGCUUAUGGCUAGCCCAUCAGUCAUAUUUGCUGAUGAACCAACAACCGGUCUUGAUGCCUUCCAGGCAGAGAAGGUGAUGGAAACACUACGACAACUUGCACAGGAUGGACAUACUGUGAUAUGUUCCAUACACCAGCCAAGAGGUUCAGUGUAUGGAAAAUUCGACGACAUUGUGUUGCUGGCAGAAGGAGCGCUUGUUUAUGCUGGUCCUGCACGUGAGGAACCACUAGCAUACUUCUCAAAAUUUGGGUAUCGUUGCCCAGAUCAUGUUAAUCCUGCUGAAUUUUUGGCUGAUCUGAUAUCCAUUGACUAUAGUUCUUCUCAAAGUGUUUACUCGUCACAGAAAAGGAUAGAUGGUCUUGUUGAGUCAUUCUCCCAACAAACAUCAGCUGUUCUCUAUGCAACGCCUCUUGUGAGAAGGGAAACUUCUAAAAACAGCAUGAACUUUAGGACAAAAACUACUGUAAGAAAGAAAGGUGGUUGGUGUAGGCAGUUCUGGCUGCUCCUUAAACGUGCAUGGAUGCAGGCUUCUCGUGAUGGGCCUACAAACAAAGUUCGGGCAAGGAUGUCAAUUGCAUCAGCAAUUAUUUUUGGAUCUGUUUUCUGGAGGAUGGGAAGAUCCCAGACUUCGAUACAAGACAGAAUGGGAUUGCUUCAGGUUGCUGCUAUAAAUACUGCAAUGGCUGCCCUAACAAAAACUGGCGGUGUGUUUCCCAAGGAACGUGCAAUUGUUGAUAGAGAGCGGGCAAAAGGGUCUUAUGGAUUAGGUCCAUAUCUGCUUUCAAAGUUGCUGGCUGAGAUCCCCAUUGGAGCAGCAUUCCCACUGUUGUUUGGAACCAUUUUGUACCCCAUGGCUCGUCUUCAUCCGAAUUUUUCUAGAUUUGGAAAGUUUUGCGGGAUUGUAACAGCGGAGUCAUUUGCUGCAUCUGCAAUGGGUCUAACUGUAGGAGCCAUGGUUUCCACAACUGAAGCAGCAAUGGCCUUAGGGCCAUCUCUUAUGACAGUUUUCAUUGUAUUUGGAGGCUACUAUGUCAAUGCAGAGAACACUCCAAUUAUCUUCCGCUGGAUUCCGCGUGUUUCUCUCAUAAGAUGGGCAUUUCAAGGGCUUUGCAUUAAUGAAUUUAGUGGCCUUCACUUUGAUCAUCAGAAUUCGUUCGAUAUACAAUCAGGAGAACAGGUGCUCGAGCGGCUUUCUUUUGGAGGAACUGGCAUCGGAGAUACAGUGAUGGCUCAAAGUAGAAUCCUUUUGUUUUGGUACUGCACCACUUAUCUUCUCCUAGAGAAAAAUAAGCCCAAGUACCAGCCAUUGGUGCCGGCUCCUCUUGAUCAAAUCAGACAACAACUGCAGCUUGAGCCUCUUGAUAAUGGUGGUUUGGUGGAACCGUUCAAGCAAAUUGAGCCUCCUGUGCUAGAAGGCCAAGGUAAACCUGGUCAGCAGCUUGAAUCUCCUUCCCUUGACCAAAUUAAACCAUUUAUCCUAGAAGGUGCUAAUCUGGAGGAGUCGUAAUCAUUCUUGGGUCCUAGACCACCACGUCACUUUUGGUCCUCAUUUAUGGUCGGCCAACACAAACAAUAUGGAACAUCAGGUACCCUUUCCCAUCUUACUGAAGACAACUUUUUCACUUGUCAAUGUUGGUCGCGAGAGGUGUUGUCCAGGGUCUUGGAAUAGUAUUUGUUGGACAAAACAUGACGUGGUGGUCACAGGCCAUUGAAGAACUUGUCCUCGAAGAGAUGGAUAUGUAAUAAAACAGGCCCCUUUGCUUUUCUGAGUCAAUUUGGCGAUCAGAAUAUGUAGGGAGAAAUUUGUAUGGUGAUUGUAUCUGUGAAACUAGUAGGUUUCCUUUCCGAGGGCUACUUGCUAUGGAUGUUUGGCCAAGGCACCAUAAAGUGAUGUUUCUCCAGUAAAUAUAAUAAUACAGGAAGGAUUUUCAGUA